AUGUCCAUACACAGCGAAAUCAAACGUAUUACCACCAAUACACUUCUUUCUAUGAAACAGAAAGGAGAAAAGAUAAGCAUGCUGACGGCUUAUGAUUUUUCAAUGGCAGGCAUCCUCGAUGAUGCGGGUAUUGACGUAUUACUGGUUGGCGACUCGGCCUCUAAUGUAAUGGCCGGCCAUGAAACCACCUUACCCAUUACGCUGGAUCAGAUGAUCUACCAUGCCCAGAGUGUGGUGCGCGGCGUAAAGCGUUGUCUGGUGGUGGUAGAUCUUCCGUUUGGCUCAUACCAGGGCAAUAGCAAGGAAGCGCUGUAUUCGGCCAUCCGCAUUAUGAAGGAAGCCGGUGCGCAUGCCAUUAAGCUGGAGGGUGGUGAAGAAGUGCUGGAAUCUGUUAAACGGAUCAUCAGCGCGGGUGUGCCGGUGAUGGGACAUCUGGGCCUGACGCCUCAAUCAAUCUAUAAAUUUGGCACCUAUUCUGUUCGUGCAAAAGAGGAAGCAGAGGCUGAUCAAUUAAUAAAAAAUGCCUUGUUGCUGGAAGAAGCCGGUUGUUUUGCCCUGGUAUUGGAAAAGAUACCGGCUGCCUUAGGUGCCAAAGUUGCAGCGAGUAUUAAGAUCCCUGUUAUCGGCAUUGGCGCUGGUGGCGGCGUGGAUGGUCAGGUGCUGGUGAUGCAUGAUAUGCUGGGCAUCAAUAAAGACUUUUCUCCGCGUUUCCUGCGCCGUUAUGCUUCGUUAUAUGACAUUAUUAAAGAGGCAACCAGCAAUUAUAUCAAGGAUGUAAAAAGCGAGGACUUCCCGAACGAAAAAGAACAAUACUGA